AUGCGCCAGAAUCAAAUAUCGCGCAUCGAUUUCCCUUCAAAUAUCGCCGAAACUCUGACCGAACUCGAUCUCUACGAUAAUCUCAUCUCGCACAUCAAGGGCCUGGAGGAUUUCCAAAAUUUGACCAGUCUGGACCUGAGCUUCAACAAGAUCAAGCAUAUCAAGAAUGUGUCACAUUUGAAGAAAUUGACCGAGCUGUUCUUUGUGCAAAACAAGAUCACCCGUAUUGAGGGCCUGGAUGAAUUGACCUUGAUCAAGAAUUUGGAAUUGGGAGCCAACAAGAUUCGGGAAAUUGAGAACUUGGAAAAACUCGCCGCACUUGAGGAGCUAUGGCUCGGAAAGAAUAAGAUCGUGGAGAUGAAGAAUCUCGACAACUUGUCAAAUCUGCGCAUCAUCUCUAUCCAGUCUAAUCGCCUGACCAAAAUCUCGGGCCUCUCGGCGCUCCCGAACCUUGAGGAGCUCUACCUCUCACACAACGCAAUUACCGAUCUCUCAGGACUAGAAUCCAACGAGACUUUGCGUGUUCUUGACUUCUCUAACAACCAGGUCUCUCACCUGGAACACCUCUCCUCACUAAAGAAUCUCGAGGAACUAUGGGGAUCCAAUAACAAGCUUGCCAGCUUCGAGGAAGUCGAGCGUGAAUUGAAGGAUAAAGAGAAGCUGGAAACUGUAUACUUCGAGGGAAACCCAUUGCAGAUGAAUGCGCCUGCUCUUUAUCGGAACAAAGUUCGGUUGGCGCUACCGAAUAUCAAACAGAUCGAUGCUACGUUCGUUCGAGUAUAG